AACAUUACACAAGCCCUGUGUUGACGUUAGGUAAAGUGGCUGUUAUGUAGCUUAACUAGCUAGCUGUGUGGCUAAAUGAGCUAGCUAGUCCGCAGUGUGCAGCAGGUGCCUGUCGAUGCUGCUGUCAUUUCAAUGGUCUCUUCCUCAAGGCUCCGUCUAGUGUGGCGUCAUUUUGUCAACAGCAGAAUGGGAGACAUGGCCUCGAAAGCCCAGAUGCCGACUCCAGAGACAGCACUGCCCGGCCGAGCUGAGACCAUAAAGGUCUCCGCCAAACACGACGUGAACGGCAACAAGACUGUUCCACCUUUUCCAGAGGGGACCGACAUGGUCAUGUUUGGUCUGGGCUGUUUCUGGGGAGCCGAGAGGAAGUUUUGGAGACAGAAUGGAGUUUAUUCCACCCAAGUGGGAUACUCAGGAGGUUACACAGCCAACCCCACCUACAAGGAAGUCUGCACAGGCAGGACGGGCCACGCUGAGGUCGUGAGAGUCGUCUUCCAUCCCGAGAAGAUCAGCUUCGCCAAACUGCUUAAGGUUUUCUGGGAAAGCCACGACCCAACUCAAGGGAUGCGACAGGGGAACGACGUUGGGACGACGUACCGCUCUGCCAUCUACACCUACACAAAGCAGCAGCUCGAGGAAGCUUUGGCCUCCAAAGAUCAAUACCAGAAGGCGCUGACAGAAGAUGGUUUUGGUCCGAUCACAACAGAAAUAGCUGAAGCCAAGCCCUUCUACUAUGCCGAGGAUUACCACCAACAGUACCUGAGUAAGAACCCUGAUGGGUACUGUGGUUUGAGAGGGACAGGAGUCUCCUGUCCUCUGGGAGUCAAGACCUAGAGAGACAGUCCGUCAGUAAGGAUGCAAAGGUAGGCCUCAUUAAGACCAGAUCCAGGAAACCAGGAAGCGGAGGAGGACAACCACCAGGCCUCAUCUGGUUUUGUGAAAAAGAAACAUAAACUGGAGUGUAAUCAUACAAUAAUCAGUGCUAAUCAUAAACUUACCUCGAAAUGCAUCCUUUAGUCCUGCGUUAGUUAUGAUCGUUAUGCUACACGUCCCGCCAUACGCUUUGUGAACGAAUCCAACGCGCUGAUCAGGCCAAUCACAAAGGCUCUUUGAAAUUUUAUUUUGUUUAUUUUUAUUGACUGUGUUGAAUUGCAACUGCAGGUUAAAAAAGAAAAAUGUUGUUUUAUAAAUUACUAUUUAGGAUGCUGCUUGCACAUCGAUGCUGUUUGCUUUUUACAAUUCUGUAGAGGAAUAAAACAUUAAAAAGCGGCUGACAUCA